UACAAUGCUUCACGUUUUAUAAAUUCGAAUAUCUAAACCAACAUGAACUCUUCUUAUCUCCAAGCGAGCCGCGUCAUGGUGCUCGGAUCUAAAUCUCCGGUAGACCGCCGCCGGAAAUCACUUGAAAGAGUGGAUAAAGAACUCUUAAGAGGCAAUUACGAAACUGCUCUCUCACUCGUCAAACAACUCAAGAGCAAACAUGGCUGCUUAUCUGCUUUUGGCUCUGCUAAAUUGCUUCCGAAGAAAUUAGACAUGAGUAGCAAAACUGAUCUCAGGUCGUUGAUUGAUUCUGUCUCCAGAAGUAUUGAAUCUGUUUAUGUCCAAGAGGAUUCAGUGAGAACAUCCAAAGAGAUGGAAAUUAAAACUUCACCUGAAGAAGAUUGGUUCUCUGUUGUUCAGCAUGAAUCAGGGCAUUUUCUUGUUGGUUACUUGCUUGGAGUUCUCCCAAGACACUAUGAAAUACCAACUUUGGAAGCUGUUAGGCAGAAUGUGUCGAAUGUGACCGGGAGAGUAGAAUUUGUGGGGUUUGAAUUCCUCAAACAACUUAUGAAAGAUGAUGUCGACGGCCAAAUGAACCAAGGCAAUAUCUCAUCCAAGACACUGAACAACUUUUCAUGUGUGAUACUUGGAGGAAUGGUAACAGAACAUAUACUAUUCGGAUACUCAGAAGGGCUAUACUCAGAUAUUGUCAAGUUGAACGAUGUUCUGCGGUGGCUCGGCUUCACAGAAUCAGAAAAGGAGGCUCAUAUCAAAUGGGCUGUUUCCAACACUGUCUCAUUAUUACAUUCUCACAAAGAAGCAAGAGUCUCACUUGCAGAAACCAUGGCUAAAGCCAAACCUAUUAGCACUUGUAUUGAAGCCAUUGAAUCCGCUAUUUCAACACAUCAAAUUUAA